GCCUGCAGGCUCACUUGUUAGAGACAGUGGAGAGGGGAGGAUAUUCUCUUGCUUCUUCACACUACUUGAGGACUCAAGGAAGACAACAGGAAAUGCCACAAAAGUAUUUGCAGGCACAGGGUUCACUCUUGCCUUCAACACCUCUGGCCACUUUUCUGAAAGGGGGAAAAAAUUGACCAAAGCCAGCCAAGCAAAAGACCACACAGACCAGGAAAUGGGAAGUGGCAUGGGAGCCUUUAAGGAAUGUUCUGUUGAAGAAGGGACAGUGAUGGAACCACCCUCCUCAAAAUGACCUAAGAAUACAGAACCUUGGUAACUAGGCAACCCACUGGUUAGAGCAAGGCCUGCAGGCUCACUUGCCAGAGACAGUUGAGAAGGAAGGAUGUUCUCUUGCUGUCUUCGCACUACUCGAGGCUCAGGCCUCAAGAAAGACAACAGGGAAGGCCACGGUGGUGCCUGGAGACACAGGGUUCACUCUUGUCUUCGACGCCUGUGGCCAUUUUCCCGAAAGGGAAGAUCAUCAACCAAGACCAGUCAAAGCCAUGAACACACAGACAAGAGUGAGAAUGAUUCUGCAGCACAGGACCUGAGCAAGCCUUAUAGAGACUCCAACAUUAGUACAGAGGCUGUGGUUAAGCUAGGGAACAAGCUGGGGCCUUCUCUGCAGGAAGGGGACACCUUCUAUGUCCCUGCCUUUUCGAUCAUAUACCAAAGAUUUGACACCCCCCUACUGGUACUGGACCAGCUGUUCCUGAGGUGUGCUAACUUCAGCCCUUAUUGUGAAGAGGAUGAACAAAUAAAUAACGCCCUCUGUAGCUUCCUGGAAACAUGGAUGGACAAGAACACCGAGGACUAUUGUGAGCCCUCGGAACUGUUCAUACUGAAAUAUAUAAAGGCCUAUUUUGACGUGUGUAUGGCACACGUAGAUCUUAAUGUCCAGGUCAAUAGGUUCAUGACUCUCAUGCAGGACAAUCAAGCCAAGGAUUCCCAUCCAAGGAUGAGCAAGGCUCAGAUCUGGGGAGACACACAUCCUCAGAUCCACAGAUUGGAUGGGUGUAAAACAGCAGGAAAAGAGUCACUCUGGAGCCAGAACCAACUUGUGCAUCAGAGCUGGAGGGCACAAAACCUCCAGAACUUUCUAUGAAGCAUGAGUAGUUGCAACCAGAUGUGGCAGCAGCAGCACAGACAGCACACAUGAUAGCAGCUAUUAAACUUGUGUCUCAGUAUGUCUGUAGAUACAAUGUCUCAUUCACUAACUUCCUACUUGCUACAGUGGGCCUACCUAUUCAGAGAAUGGCCCUGUCACACCUUGUGUGUGCCUGCCCUGUAUCUGUGCUACUGACCCUGCCCAGGGUGCUCAGCCCCUCAAUUCAGUCCAGCAGCAGUUUCAGCCCCACACCCAGCCUUCUCCCUCCCCUGAGAUAUCACCUUUUUAUUCUUUCUGAUCUUUUCCAUUUUGUAUUUAAAUAUUGGUUUUAAUAAAUUGUUAUUGUUUGUUUUCA